UGCUCUUAUUCAGUACACUCUGCCGCUCCAGCUGGUGAACAACCAGACCAUGACGCAGUGGAUAGGAAUAUUUAGCAGUAUUGCAGAUCGGGAUGUUCCUCCUGAAACACUGCAGGUGGAUGAAGAUGACCGUCCAGAGCUGGUCUGGUGGAAGUGCAAGAAAUGGGCCCUUCACAUAAUCACCCGACUUUUUGAACGGUAUGGAAGUCCCGGAAGUGUCACCAAGGAAUAUAUAGAGUUCUCUGAAUUCUUUGUGAAGACGUAUGCUAUGGGAGUUUUACAGGUUCUGCUAAAAGUCUUGGGGCAGCACAGGCAGAAGCAGUACGUGGCCCCACGGGUUUUGCAGCAGACUCUCAACUACCUGAACCUGGGGGUGUCUCACGCCGUCACCUGGAAAGUCCUGAAGCCGAACAUGCAGAGUAUUUCUGAAGAAGUGAUCUUCCCCUUGAUGUGCUACAAAGAUGAAGAUGAAGAUUUGUGGCAGGAUGACCCAUACGAGUACAUUCGCAUGAAGUUUGAUGUGUUUGAAGAUUAUGUAUCUCCUUCCACUGCUGCUCAGAACCUGCUCUUUACUGCCUCCAAGAAGAGGAAAGAGGUAUUGCCAAAGAUGAUGAAUUUUUGUUACCAGAUCCUCACCUGUUCCUCGGUGGACCCACGGAAAGUAGAUGGAGCGCUUCAUGUUCUGGGCUCACUUGCAGAGAUUUUAUUAAAGAAAUCCGUUUACAAGGACCAGAUGGAAGUUUUCAUCCAGAACCACGUUUUUCCGCUGUUCAUGUCAGAGCUGGGCUAUCUCCGAGCACGGUCUUGUUGGGUCCUUCACUCGUUCAGCACGCUGAAGUUUCAUAAUGAGCUGAACCUGAGAAAUGCUGUAGAGUUGGCAAAGAAAAGUCUGCUGGAAGAUAAAGAACUGCCGGUGAAGGUGGAGGCUGCCAUCGCUCUGCAGAUGUUGAUCAGUAACCAGGGGGCUGCGAAAGAGUACAUGAGGCCGUACAUCCGACCAGUCAUGCAGGAGCUGCUGCACAUAGUCCGGGAGACGGAGAAUGAUGAUCUGACCAAUGUAAUCCAAAAGAUGAUCUGCGAGUACAGUCAGGAAGUGGCCCCCAUUGCUGUAGACAUGACGAGGCAUCUGGCUGAGAUCUUUGUGAAGGUCCUGCAGAGCGACGAGUAUGAUGAGGUGGAGGACAAAACUGUCAUGGCGAUGGGGAUCCUUCAUACUAUCGAUAUCGUGCUGACUGUUGUGGAGGAUCAUAAAGAGGUGAAGCAGCAGCUGGAGGGGAUCUGUUUGCAGAUUGUCGGUCUGGUUCUCCAGAAACACAUUAUAGAGUUCUACGAGGAGAUUCUGUCUCUAGCUUACAAUCUCACCAACCAGACCAUCUCCCCACAGAUGUGGCAGCUUCUGGAGAUCCUUUUUGAAGUCUUUCAGAGAGAUUGCUAUGAAUAUUUUACAGAUAUGAUGCCACUACUUCACAAUUAUAUCACGGUGGAUACAGACACACUGCUGUCCAACCCCAAACACCUAGAGAUUAUUUACACCAUGUGUAAGAAGGUGCUAAUGGGAGAAGCGGGAGAAGAUGCAGAGUGUCAUGCAGCCAAACUCCUAGAGGUUAUUAUUCUUCAGUGUAAGGGCCGAGGGGUCGACCAGUGUGUCCCGCUGUUUGUUGAAGCCGUCCUUGAACGGUUAACACGAGGGGUAAAAUCCAGCGAGCUGCGCACCAUGAGCUUGCAGGUUGUCAUUGCAGCUCUGUAUUAUAACCCGGCUUUGCUCCUCAACACCCUGGAACAGAUCCGCUUCCCGCACAGCUCGGAGCCAAUCACAGCACAAUUCAUCAACCAAUGGGUGAAUGACACCGACUGCUUCUUGGGGCUGCAUGAUAGGAAGAUGUGUGUAAUCGGCCUCAGUAUUCUCAUGGAGCUCCCAAACCGACCAGCAGCUGUUAAUGCUGUGGCCUCACUCAUCGUGCCUUCCAUUCUCCUCCUCUUCCUCGGGCUGAGGCAAGUGUGUGCCAACCGUAACCAUCCGGACAGGAGAACGUCGUCCCGCAACACAAAAACUGACACCGAGGAAAAUGAAGAGAUUCCAAGUGAUGAGGAGGAGCCGAACAGCUUGGGGCAGGCCAUGCAAGGGGACACCCGGGAGGAUGAGGAGGAGGAUGACGAUGAGGACUGGGAUGAUGAAGCACUGGAGGAGACAGCCUUGGAAGGGUUUAGCACUCUGCUUGACUGCCAGGAUGCCUUGGACGAAUACCAGUUCUUUACAGACGCCUUGUUGGGUAUACAGAGCAGGGACCCGGCCUGGUAUCACUCGCUGACGUCGCCUCUCAGCAAUGACCAGAAAAAGCAGCUGCAGGAAAUCUAUACGCUGUCGGAGCAACGGAAGAGCGCAGCCGCGUCUCGAAAAAUCGAACAGCAGCAACAGCUGUCGGGACAAAUGGUUGGCGGUUCUCGGCAAUGAGCUGUGGAGCUGCAAAGGACUCUGGGACGUUUGCACUACCAUAUUUUGUAAAUGCCAUUGACCUCAGACUUGGGAGCGACCUUUAACAAUUAUUUGCCGGCUGCUGCAGCGGAGCCCAUCGAUGAGCAUUUACACCGACUUCGGGAAGAGUGUGGUCUUCUUUUCUCUGUUUUCUUCUCCAGAGACAGCAGAACCAAUCAUGAAAUGACUGAGGAACUGUGUAAAUGAUUGCUUUGAGGGCUUUGGACUCGGGACCCUGCUUCAACUGGCCCAUGCACUAUUACUCAUUCCUAUCAUGUGCUCCCUGGCUUCCCUGCACUUGGAUUCUGCAUAUCAGCAGUGGUGUGUACUGCUGACCCCGCCCACGAGGAGCAGAUUCAUGAAUGACUCUUAAUGAAAUUUGACUUUCAAACCCUUCUCUUAAUCACCAGUGUAACAUUGAUCGCCAGCCUUUUACAUCCUUGUCAUUCAAUAAAGAAGAGUGUGUGUUUGCAGCUCAUAUACAAACUGUUGGCUGCACAGUACGUCUUUGUCAAUAUUUUUGAAGCUGUGAAAUAUAUU